AUGUCUGCAGAUCGGCCUCGCCAUUCGACCCUCAAGGCCAGCUUUGCCGACCGGGCCGCCAAGGUCUCACACCCUCUCACCAACUACCUCCUCCGCCUGAUGGAGUUGAAAAAGUCGAACCUGUGUCUCAGCGCCGACGUGACCACCGCCCGCGAGCUCAUCUACCUGGCCGACAAGAUCGGGCCGUCCAUUGUCGUCCUCAAGACGCACUAUGACCUGAUCGCCGGCUGGGACUACAACCCGCAGACGGGCACCGGUGCGAAGCUGGCCGCCCUGGCCCGGAAGCACGGCUUCCUCAUCUUCGAGGACCGCAAGUUCGGCGACAUUGGCAGCACGGUGCAGAUGCAGUACACCGCCGGUUCGGCCCGCAUCAUUGACUGGGCACACAUCGUCAACGUGAACAUGGUUCCGGGCAAGGCGGCGGUGAGCGCGCUGGCCGAGGCUGCAGCCAAGUGGAGAUCGCGUGUCAAUUACGAAGUCAAGACGUCGGUGAGCGUGGGCACCCCUGUGGCCGAUGCGUUUGAGGAGAACGGCGUGUCCGAAUCCGAGGACGACGACCGCCUGGGGCCGCUGGACGCCAACGGCACCCAGAACACGUACCACCGGGACGCCGACGGCAGGAAGGGGAGCAUCGUGUCCAUCACGACCGUCACCCAGUCCUUCGAGCCGGUCGACUCGCCCCGGUUCGCCACGACCACCGAGGAAGGAGACGAGCUCGUGUAUGCCGGCAUCGAGGAGCCUCCGUACGACCGCGGGCUCUUGAUCCUGGCGCAGAUGUCGAGCAAGGGCAACUUCAUGAAUGCCGAAUACACGCAGGCCUGUGUGGAGGCGGCGCGGGAGCACAAGGACUUUGUCAUGGGCUUCAUCUCGCAAGAAAGCCUCAACAGCGAGGCGGCCGAUGACUUUAUCCACAUGACGCCCGGGUGCCAGCUGCCGCCGGAGGGCGAGGAGGAGAACGGGGUGGUGGCCGGCGACGGGCUCGGCCAGCAGUACAACACGCCGUCGAAACUCGUGCAGAUCUGCGGCACCGACAUCAUCAUCGUCGGGCGCGGCAUCAUCAAGGCCGCCGACCCCCAGAGCGAGGCCGAGCGGUACAGGCGGCGCGCGUGGCAGUCGUACCAGAACCGGAUAGCGGUGAAAUAA